UAUUUAGUUUAAUAUAUUGAUAAGCGCAUAUAUUCCUAUAUUUUUGUCCCAUAAAAUUAGUCUUAUAGUUGUCUUGUAUGUGUUAUUUUAUAAUAUUUAUUGACUUUUAUUAAUAAGUGACGUAUUUAUGUCCAUAUUAUAUUUUAUUGAAUAAUUAGCUUAAAUAGUGUGUUAUUUUAUUAUAGGUAUUUUACAAGUUCAAUUUGCUAAAGGAAGACAACAAGACUAAAAGAAAGAAGAGAAGAAAAGAAAAGAAGAAAAAAAAUAUAAUAAAAGUGAGCCCAAGCUCACGUGAGUUUUGUAAAAGAAAGAAUACAAAGGGGCUAACUCACUCCUUGACUCCUCCUUCCUCAACUGGGUAUACACAGCAAACAAAAGAAUAAGGAAAGUUGUUUCCACUUUCCGAAUUCCACGCAAACACCAAAGAGGAGAUAUGAUUUUAAUCUCCUCAAGAUUUCCAAGAUACAGAUUGGUUAUCAGAUUUUCAGUUACGAAAAUCUAUCUUUUUUUUAUUCUAUCGUCUACACAACUCGAUAUAAAUUCACCAAUUCUCGGAGAUGAAAAACACGCACACAUACAAGAGAGUUCGUGAGAGUGAAGAAAAUAAUCGGGUUCGUCCAAGAUCGACAAGUUGAUAGGAAUUGAAGAAAUAUUGCGUUCGGAGGUGAAUUGAGGGUAGCGGCUGCAUCAAUUCGGGUCUACAGUGCAUGAGUUUGGAUACGGCAACCAAACUUAAGCGUAUCAACCUGUUUAUUGAAACUCUAAACGAAGCUAGCCCAGAGAAAUUACUUUACAUCUUUCAAGACAGACCAUGUGAAGACUCAGAGAUGGGUGAUGAAAGAACCUUGAAGGAAUUAGGAGCUCCUAAGCUAGAUGAUGAACCUCUCUGCAUUGUUUUUCCAACCUUGGAAAGACCGUUGAAGCUGAACUCAGGUUUUCUUAAUCUCCUUCCCAAAUUUUAUGGGAACACAGGUGAGGAUCCUCAUAGGCAUUUAAAAGAAUUUAUAGUUGUUUGUUCAACCAUGAAACCUGAAGGAAUUGAACAAAAUCAAGUAAGAUUGCAUGCUUUCCCAUUUUCCCUACAUGAUUUAGCUAAAGAUUGGUUGUAUACUAUGUCUACUGGUUCCAUUACGACUUGGAACGCCUUACAAAAAGCUUUUCUGGAAAAGUUCUUUCCCGCCAGUCGUAUUGGAUCCAUAAGAAAGGAAAUAUGUGGAAUUAGACAACAUAAUUCAGAAUCACUUUAUGAAUAUUGGGAACGUUUUAAAAAAUUAUGUGCUUCAUGUCCACAACAUCAAAUAACUGAUCAACUAUUGAUUCAAUAUUUUUAUGAAGGAUUGUUGCCUAACGAUAGGGGUAUGAUUGAUGCUGCUAGUGGUGGUGCAUUAGUAGACAAGACACCAACUCAGGCUAGGAAUUUAAUUGCUAACAUGGCCCAAAACACUCAACAACAUAGCACUAGAAAUGAUGUUAAAAGAGUAAAUGAAAUUGACUUAAGUGGUGUUAAAUCUCAAUUGCAAGAAAAUGCUCAACAAAUUGCUAUUUUGACCACUUUAGUGUCUAAUAAAAUUGUUGUUGGAAAUGAGUCUAAAGCUAGAGUAUGUGGUAUACGUUCUGAGUUUUCUCAUGCAACUGAUGCUUGUCCUACUUUAAAAACUGAAGAUGUUAAUGCUUUAGGAGGCUUUUCCAAUCAAAGAAAAUAUGAUCCUUACUCACAGACAUAUAAUGAAGGUUGGAAAGAUCACCCAAAUCUUAGGUAUGGAACUAGAUCACAGUUUUCACAAACUAAUCAACCUAGGCAAUUUGGUGUACAAAACCCUCCACCUCAAUCUUCUGGCCCAUCAUUAGAAGAUUUAGUGAAGCAAUUAACUACUCAAAUAGGUCAAGUUCACAACCAUGGAGUCGAGUAUCAAAAGAAAACUGAUAAUCACCUUCACCACAUAGAUACCAAAUAGGACAAAUUUGUACUUCACUAAGUAACCUAGAAACUCAAUUUUAGGUAAACUACCAUCUCAACCACUACCUAACCUAAAAGAGAAUGCCAAAACCGUGACCCUUAGGAGUGGGAAAGAGUUGAGUGAACCUAAGGCAAAGAGUCGCGAGAAUGAAAGAGAGAUAGAGGUUAAACCUGACGAUGAACUUAAUAUAGGGGGAAAUGGAGAGAUUGAGAGUAGAAAAGAUAAUGAAGGAAAGGGUAAGCUUAAUUCAGAAAUUGAUGUUUCUCGUUUUAAAGAUGUGCCCCCUUUCCCUUCCAGAUUUGCUAAAGCUAAGAAAGCUGCUCUUGACAAUGAAAUUCUUGAGACUUUUAGGAAAGUUCAAGUCAAUAUUCCUUUACUUGAUGCUAUUAAACAGGUUCCCCGUUAUGCAAAUUUCUUAAGGAACUUUGUACUAACAAAAGCAAUUUCAUCUUUCUGAAAAGGUAAGUAUGGGGGAGAAUAUUUCAGCUGUAAUUCAAAAGAAGCUUCCCCUAAAUGUAAAGAUCCUGGCAUGUUUUCUAUUCCUUGCAAAAUUGGUAAUUCUAAAUUUGAAAGAUGCAUGCUAGAUUUAGGAGCUUCGAUUAAUGUGAUGCCCAAAUCUGUCUAUGAUACUUUAAAUGUGGGAUAUUU